AUGAUAACACUAACAAGAGAACAGCAACAAAUAUCCUACUCCUGCGUGGACAAGGUGGACGGAGGCUACUACCCGGAUCCCACCAACUGUUAUGGCUACUAUUACUGUUCCAACGGGGUACCCUACCCCCAGACCUGUGUGGGCGGACAGCACUUCAAUCCUGUGACAGUUUCUUGUGACGAUGCCGUCAACGUGCUUUGUGUUAUUGGCACCACACUAGUACCCCCUGUGUCAUGUGACGGAUUGCCAGACGGGACUUACCUCACAGACCCGUAUGACUGCCAUCUGUACUACCGUUGUAUGUACGGGGAGGCCAGGCAUGGCCGCUGUCCGGAUGACUUGGUGUGGAAUGAUGUGUCCAUGGCAUGUGAUCACGUGAUCAACGUGGAUUGCUCUGGACGAGGACACCAGACGGUCACUGGGAGCACUUCCGGUGUGACGUCAAGCGACUACCCAAGUCCUACACCAACUGUACAGGCCUACUCCUGCGUGGACAAGAUGGACGGAGGCUACUACCCGGAUCCCACCAACUGUUAUGGCUACUAUUACUGUUCCAACGGGGUACCCUACCCCCAGACCUGUGUGGGCGGACAGCACUUCAAUCCUGUGACAGUUUCUUGUGACGAUGCCGUCAACGUGCUUUGUGUUAUUGGCACCACACUAGUACCCCCUGUGUCAUGUGACGGAUUGCCAGACGGGACUUACCUCACAGACCCGUAUGACUGCCAUCUGUACUACCGUUGUAUGUACGGGGAGGCCAGGCAUGGCCGCUGUCCGGAUGACUUGGUGUGGAAUGAUGUGUCCAUGGCAUGUGAUCACGUGAUCAACGUGGAUUGCUCUGGACGAGGACACCAGACGGUCACUGGGAGCACUUCCGGUGUGACGUCAAGCGACUACCCAAGUCCUACACCAACUGUACAGGCCUACUCCUGCGUGGACAAGAUGGACGGAGGCUACUACCCGGAUCCCACCAACUGUUAUGGCUACUAUUACUGUUCCAACGGGGUACCCUACCCCCAGACCUGUGUGGGCGGACAGCACUUCAAUCCUGUGACAGUUUCUUGUGACGAUGCCGUCAACGUGCUUUGUGUUAUUGGCACCACACUAGUACCCCCUGUGUCAUGUGACGGAUUGCCAGACGGGACUUACCUCACAGACCCGUAUGACUGCCAUCUGUACUACCGUUGUAUGUACGGGGAGGCCAGGCAUGGCCGCUGUCCGGAUGACUUGGUGUGGAAUGAUGUGUCCAUGGCAUGUGAUCACGUGAUCAACGUGGAUUGCUCUGGACGAGGACACCAGACGGUCACUGGGAGCACUUCCGGUGUGACGUCAAGCGACUACCCAAGUCCUACACCAACUGUACAGGCCUACUCCUGCGUGGACAAGAUGGACGGAGGCUACUACCCGGAUCCCACCAACUGUUAUGGCUACUAUUACUGUUCCAACGGGGUACCCUACCCCCAGACCUGUGUGGGCGGACAGCACUUCAAUCCUGUGACAGUUUCUUGUGACGAUGCCGUCAACGUGCUUUGUGUUAUUGGCACCACACUAGUACCCCCUGUGUCAUGUGACGGAUUGCCAGACGGGACUUACCUCACAGACCCGUAUGACUGCCAUCUGUACUACCGUUGUAUGUACGGGGAGGCCAGGCAUGGCCGCUGUCCGGAUGACUUGGUGUGGAAUGAUGUGUCCAUGGCAUGUGAUCACGUGAUCAACGUGGAUUGCUCUGGACGAGGACACCAGACGGUCACUGGGAGCACUUCCGGUGUGACGUCAAGCGACUACCCAAGUCCUACACCAACUGUACAGGCCUACUCCUGCGUGGACAAGGUGGACGGAGGCUACUACCCGGAUCCCACCAACUGUUAUGGCUACUAUUACUGUUCCAACGGGGUACCCUACCCCCAGACCUGUGUGGGCGGACAGCACUUCAAUCCUGUGACAGUUUCUUGUGACGAUGCCGUCAACGUGCUUUGUGUUAUUGGCACCACACUAGUACCCCCUGUGUCAUGUGACGGAUUGCCAGACGGGACUUACCUCACAGACCCGUAUGACUGCCAUCUGUACUACCGUUGUAUGUACGGGGAGGCCAGGCAUGGCCGCUGUCCGGAUGACUUGGUGUGGAAUGAUGUGUCCAUGGCAUGUGAUCACGUGAUCAACGUGGAUUGCUCUGGACGAGGACACCAGACGGUCACUGGGAGCACUUCCGGUGUGACGUCAAGCGACUACCCAAGUCCUACACCAACUGUACAGGCCUACUCCUGCGUGGACAAGAUGGACGGAGGCUACUACCCGGAUCCCACCAACUGUUAUGGCUACUAUUACUGUUCCAACGGGGUACCCUACCCCCAGACCUGUGUGGGCGGACAGCACUUCAAUCCUGUGACAGUUUCUUGUGACGAUGCCGUCAACGUGCUUUGUGUUAUUGGCACCACACUAGUACCCCCUGUGUCAUGUGACGGAUUGCCAGACGGGACUUACCUCACAGACCCGUAUGACUGCCAUCUGUACUACCGUUGUAUGUACGGGGAGGCCAGGCAUGGCCGCUGUCCGGAUGACUUGGUGUGGAAUGAUGUGUCCAUGGCAUGUGAUCACGUGAUCAACGUGGAUUGCUCUGGACGAGGACACCAGACGGUCACUGGGAGCACUUCCGGUGUGACGUCAAGCGACUACCCAAGUCCUACACCAACUGUACAGGCCUACUCCUGCGUGGACAAGAUGGACGGAGGCUACUACCCGGAUCCCACCAACUGUUAUGGCUACUAUUACUGUUCCAACGGGGUACCCUACCCCCAGACCUGUGUGGGCGGACAGCACUUCAAUCCUGUGACAGUUUCUUGUGACGAUGCCGUCAACGUGCUUUGUGUUAUUGGCACCACACUAGUACCCCCUGUGUCAUGUGACGGAUUGCCAGACGGGACUUACCUCACAGACCCGUAUGACUGCCAUCUGUACUACCGUUGUAUGUACGGGGAGGCCAGGCAUGGCCGCUGUCCGGAUGACUUGGUGUGGAAUGAUGUGUCCAUGGCAUGUGAUCACGUGAUCAACGUGGAUUGCUCUGGACGAGGACACCAGACGGUCACUGGGAGCACUUCCGGUGUGACGUCAAGCGACUACCCAAGUCCUACACCAACUGUACAGGCCUACUCCUGCGUGGACAAGAUGGACGGAGGCUACUACCCGGAUCCCACCAACUGUUAUGGCUACUAUUACUGUUCCAACGGGGUACCCUACCCCCAGACCUGUGUGGGCGGACAGCACUUCAAUCCUGUGACAGUUUCUUGUGACGAUGCCGUCAACGUGCUUUGUGUUAUUGGCACCACACUAGUACCCCCUGUGUCAUGUGACGGAUUGCCAGACGGGACUUACCUCACAGACCCGUAUGACUGCCAUCUGUACUACCGUUGUAUGUACGGGGAGGCCAGGCAUGGCCGCUGUCCGGAUGACUUGGUGUGGAAUGAUGUGUCCAUGGCAUGUGAUCACGUGAUCAACGUGGAUUGCUCUGGACGAGGACACCAGACGGUCACUGGGAGCACUUCCGGUGUGACGUCAAGCGACUACCCAAGUCCUACACCAACUGUACAGGCCUACUCCUGCGUGGACAAGAUGGACGGAGGCUACUACCCGGAUCCCACCAACUGUUAUGGCUACUAUUACUGUUCCAACGGGGUACCCUACCCCCAGACCUGUGUGGGCGGACAGCACUUCAAUCCUGUGACAGUUUCUUGUGACGAUGCCGUCAACGUGCUUUGUGUUAUUGGCACCACACUAGUACCCCCUGUGUCAUGUGACGGAUUGCCAGACGGGACUUACCUCACAGACCCGUAUGACUGCCAUCUGUACUACCGUUGUAUGUACGGGGAGGCCAGGCAUGGCCGCUGUCCGGAUGACUUGGUGUGGAAUGAUGUGUCCAUGGCAUGUGAUCACGUGAUCAACGUGGAUUGCUCUGGACGAGGACACCAGACGGUCACUGGGAGCACUUCCGGUGUGACGUCAAGCGACUACCCAAGUCCUACACCAACUGUACAGGCCUACUCCUGCGUGGACAAGAUGGACGGAGGCUACUACCCGGAUCCCACCAACUGUUAUGGCUACUAUUACUGUUCCAACGGGGUACCCUACCCCCAGACCUGUGUGGGCGGACAGCACUUCAAUCCUGUGACAGUUUCUUGUGACGAUGCCGUCAACGUGCUUUGUGUUAUUGGCACCACACUAGUACCCCCUGUGUCAUGUGACGGAUUGCCAGACGGGACUUACCUCACAGACCCGUAUGACUGCCAUCUGUACUACCGUUGUAUGUACGGGGAGGCCAGGCAUGGCCGCUGUCCGGAUGACUUGGUGUGGAAUGAUGUGUCCAUGGCAUGUGAUCACGUGAUCAACGUGGAUUGCUCUGGACGAGGACACCAGACGGUCACUGGGAGCACUUCCGGUGUGACGUCAAGCGACUACCCAAGUCCUACACCAACUGUACAGGCCUACUCCUGCGUGGACAAGAUGGACGGAGGCUACUACCCGGAUCCCACCAACUGUUAUGGCUACUAUUACUGUUCCAACGGGGUACCCUACCCCCAGACCUGUGUGGGCGGACAGCACUUCAAUCCUGUGACAGUUUCUUGUGACGAUGCCGUCAACGUGCUUUGUGUUAUUGGCACCACACUAGUACCCCCUGUGUCAUGUGACGGAUUGCCAGACGGGACUUACCUCACAGACCCGUAUGACUGCCAUCUGUACUACCGUUGUAUGUACGGGGAGGCCAGGCAUGGCCGCUGUCCGGAUGACUUGGUGUGGAAUGAUGUGUCCAUGGCAUGUGAUCACGUGAUCAACGUGGAUUGCUCUGGACGAGGACACCAGACGGUCACUGGGAGCACUUCCGGUGUGACGUCAAGCGACUACCCAAGUCCUACACCAACUGUACAGGCCUACUCCUGCGUGGACAAGAUGGACGGAGGCUACUACCCGGAUCCCACCAACUGUUAUGGCUACUAUUACUGUUCCAACGGGGUACCCUACCCCCAGACCUGUGUGGGCGGACAGCACUUCAAUCCUGUGACAGUUUCUUGUGACGAUGCCGUCAACGUGCUUUGUGUUAUUGGCACCACACUAGUACCCCCUGUGUCAUGUGACGGAUUGCCAGACGGGACUUACCUCACAGACCCGUAUGACUGCCAUCUGUACUACCGUUGUAUGUACGGGGAGGCCAGGCAUGGCCGCUGUCCGGAUGACUUGGUGUGGAAUGAUGUGUCCAUGGCAUGUGAUCACGUGAUCAACGUGGAUUGCUCUGGACGAGGACACCAGACGGUCACUGGGAGCACUUCCGGUGUGACGUCAAGCGACUACCCAAGUCCUACACCAACUGUACAGGCCUACUCCUGCGUGGACAAGAUGGACGGAGGCUACUACCCGGAUCCCACCAACUGUUAUGGCUACUAUUACUGUUCCAACGGGGUACCCUACCCCCAGACCUGUGUGGGCGGACAGCACUUCAAUCCUGUGACAGUUUCUUGUGACGAUGCCGUCAACGUGCUUUGUGUUAUUGGCACCACACUAGUACCCCCUGUGUCAUGUGACGGAUUGCCAGACGGGACUUACCUCACAGACCCGUAUGACUGCCAUCUGUACUACCGUUGUAUGUACGGGGAGGCCAGGCAUGGCCGCUGUCCGGAUGACUUGGUGUGGAAUGAUGUGUCCAUGGCAUGUGAUCACGUGAUCAACGUGGAUUGCUCUGGACGAGGACACCAGACGGUCACUGGGAGCACUUCCGGUGUGACGUCAAGCGACUACCCAAGUCCUACACCAACUGUACAGGCCUACUCCUGCGUGGACAAGGUGGACGGAGGCUACUACCCGGAUCCCACCAACUGUUAUGGCUACUAUUACUGUUCCAACGGGGUACCCUACCCCCAGACCUGUGUGGGCGGACAGCACUUCAAUCCUGUGACAGUUUCUUGUGACGAUGCCGUCAACGUGCUUUGUGUUAUUGGCACCACACUAGCGAGUUCUAUAAACAGACUACACUGUGAGCCGUCUUCCCAUUGGUCCACGGUGAGUAGAAACAAGACUGUCAAGAAAGAUGGUGAGUGA